GGCGGAAGUACGUAAACCCGGAAGUUGAUGUUUUCCGCGCGUCUUUUGGGAUAAGCUACGCUACACGCAAUCUGAGUUGCUGAGAUGGCGGGAGUUAAUGCUAUGGAGAAGAAAUUGGCUGAAUACAAGUGUGACACAAAUGAAGCAGUAUGCCUAAAAUUGGUUCGAUUUCCUGAAGAUAUUGAAGAUGAUGGCACAACAUUCCACCCUGAGUACAGCCACCAGACAUUUGGAGAUGAUGAGGUUGCUUUUGGAUACAAAGGGCUUCAAAUCCAGCUUUAUUAUACUGCUGGUAACCUGAGUACCCUCUUCAAAGUGAAAUAUUCAUCCAAGGUCACAGAGAAGUUUGACUGUGUUGAGGCUGAUGACAUCGAAGGAAAGAUCAGGGAGAUUAUUCCUGCUGGUUUCACAAGCAACACUGAUGACUUCAUCUCACUGUUGGACAAAGACGCCAACUUUAAGCCUUUUGGCACACUUCUCCACACGUACACAGUGCACAAUGAGGAGGCAGGAGAGCUCACAUACCAGAUCUACAAGGCUGACAUGACUUGUGCGGGAUUCCACGAGUACCAUGAGCGUCUGCAGACCUUCCUCAUGUGGUUCAUAGAGACGGCCAGCUUCAUCGAUGCUGACGACGAUCAUUGGGACUUCUUUCUUAUAUUUGAAAAGUACAAUAAAGAUGGGGAGACUCUCUACGCUACUGUUGGCUACAUGACAGCUUAUAAUUACUACGUGUACCCAGACAAAACGAGACCACGUGUAAGCCAAAUGCUGAUCCUGCCUCCAUACCAAGGAGAGGGACAUGGAGCCCAGCUUCUCGAGUCAGUGCAUAGGUUUUACUGCAACCUGCCCAAGGUGCAAGACAUCACAGCUGAAGACCCAUCGGAGAACUAUGUGAAGUUGAGGGACUAUGUGCUGACCAAACUUUGCCAGAGUCUACCAUCAUAUGCUUCAGACAAACUGCAGCUUGGCUUUUCAGAAGACAUGGUCAAAGAGGCUCGGGACAAACUGAAGGUCAACAAGAAACAUGCCAGGCGAGUGUAUGAGAUCCUACGUUUGAGAACCACAGACAUGAGUGAUGAGGAGCAGGCUCGGGAUUAUCGCCUGGAGGUGAAGAAGAGGCUAUUUGGACCAUACAGGAAGAAUCAGAGGGAGCUAGAGAAGAUGAAGAAGUGCUUGCGGCCAGAGGAGCUGGUGUCACACAUGGGCCAGAUGGACACUCAGGUGCAGCACGAGGAGCUGGAGAAGAGCUACCAGGAGGUGGUGGGAGAUUACCGCAGGAUCAUCGAGAGGCUGGCUGCACAGGCCUGAACACACUCCUCUUAGAGCAACAGACAGUAGUUGGAACGACACUGUAGUCACCAAAGAGUGCGGCUGAUUUUAGCAUCUUGGUCAGUGUCUCAUCGAUGGGUCAGGCCGUGUUGUCUACUGAUGAUAGUCCGUCAGUCCAACGGCCACACAUCUAAAUGACCCACGUCUUUAAACACAUCAUAUGAGGUUCACUUUCAUCAGUUAUUUACAGCUUUGCCAUUCUGUUUUUCAUAUGGACACCAUGGAAGUUCUUUUCAAAACUGUGUAAGUGUAUGUUUCAAAGCACUUCUGAAAAUAAAUUGGUUUUGUAUAUUACACAUGAGAUGAUGAUUUUAGGUAUUUAAGACAUGAGAAUGUUCAGUCAGUUACAUUCUCUAGUGACUUGAAACAUUUUAACAUUUUGGUCUGAGAAAAAAACUGUUUGUAUCAAUUCAUUUGAUUAAAGCUUAUUAUAUUUUGUGGGCUUAUAGUGAAAUGGUUGCUCUGGUAUUACAAAAUACACAUGUAUUAGAUGCAGGCUAUGUAUUUCAUAUCUGAACUAUAUGGUGCUAUCUUGUGGCGCUCAACUGUUCUUCCCACUGCGCAGCCUGUUCUGGUUCUGGGAGUAAAGUUCUCAUUUAUUUUCCACAUAGACCUUUCAGAAAAUUUAAAUAUUAAGAGUUUAAAGCUACAAAAGAGGCUAACCAGCUCUUUGAUAACUAAUAUUGUGUUAAUGCACUCAAAUACAUUCAAAACCGAAAAAAUUCUACAAAAUGUUAUAAUAUGGUUUCAGAAACAGAUUUUAAAUAAAAAUAAAGCAUUGAUGCAUCUGGGUACCAAAUUUAGUUUGGCUGCGGCAAACAUUUUGUCAGGACGUCCCAUUGGCAAGAACAGAUUUUUGACUUGUUACCAUGGAAACACAGUGAUAGGUGGGUGUGGGUGUCAUUGAAUUUUUGUGAUUGAGAGCAUGUCACGAAUAUGUGUACCAAAUUUUAUGUCUUUGACAAAGAAAAUUGUAUUGUUCCAUAGAAAUUGCCUAAGAGGGGCUAUUGCACCCAUUUUUAAAAUGUUUCUGUUCAAGGUCAGACAUGGAUCUAUUACUAUGGUCAGGGUGUCCACCAACAAUUAAAGGUUGAGUGAAAUCAGCCAUUAUGGAAUGUUCAUAAGAAUAACAUGGAGAGUCUGUCAUUGCUACGGCUACACGAAAGUCAUUGGCAUGGCUGUCAUUUUCGUGAUCAGGAUGCAAAGACUGAAUUUUGUGCAAAAUUUCAGAACAUUUAGAAAAACUAUAUAUUUUAUUUUAUUUUUUGUAGAUUCCUUUUUUUUUUUAAAUGCUUUAGGGCUAGAGCUUUUUCCGUGAAUGCCCUAGGAGGAGUUCGUAAAAGUAGGAUGUUUACAAAAAAUGCUGAAUCAUGCUGAGCAAAGUUUAAUCCAAUAUGGCUGACCCCUGGUUGAGUGGACAGUGAUACCGUAAUAUUUUUUUACUUGUCAUGUCAUAUUCUACUUCUGUGUCAAAUGCAAGCCCCGGGGCCUAAACAUGGCCCCCCACUGAAGUCAAUGGGUCGUGCUCAAUGGCGCAUGUCGUGAGUUUAGUCUUUAGCAGCUAGGUACAUCCAGUCCUGCCCAUGGACCAUGCGCAUUUGAGCUACCCCCCAUGAGACUGAGCGGAGCGGCCACAAAGGAGGCAAAGGAAUAAUGAAUAAAUGACAAAUUAUAAUAUUAUAAUGUUUAUGCUUCCAGGGCACUUCUGAACCACGUUCUAAACCUGUGGCUCAUUCAUGACAGUUGGGGUUAUUUGUAUCGUUCACAUGCUCGUUCAUGUCGUACCAUGUGACCGCUCUAACCAAUCAGUGCUUGAGCUUGGUUAGAGCUUAGAGCAGGCCUAGACAGUGUUUUUUUAAGACAACAGAUGGAUUUUGAGCUGAGAAAAAGUUUAUGAUCUGAAAAUAGAUAAAAAUCGCCACAAAAUUCAACCUUUGUGAAAGCUGUAUGUGCUCUGUCAGGCAAACACAAGCAGUCUGUGAUUACAAGAUUGCGCUCUACUAGGAAAAUCCUUUCUGAGCAGGAGUGAUUCUUUCAUUGUAGUACCACUGCGUGGCCACUAAUCCAGCUUGCGACAGCUCUAAGCAAAGAAUACCCUGUCCAGUUAUUUUAAUAGAUUCAUGGUCAAAUGUCAUGAUUCUACUUGUAUAUUUUUUGGCAUUGUUCCUAUACCCUAAUGUCAUUUUUUUGUGUGUGUGAGGGCGCUGACAAGCCAUUUUUUUAUUUUCGUAAAUUGGAAAUGGCCUGAAUGUAUAGAAGCGCAAGUUUUAAUAGUUGGCAAAAUUUCAUGAGUUUUCGCCAGUGUUCACUGAGUAAAAACUAGGGGGGUUGGUCCCAAGGAAAAUGGGCACUUCACUUCCUGUCAGCUCACUUACUACUAUUAGCAUCGUUUAUACUAAUGGGCCUUUUGCCUUUUCUGGCGCUUGCGCCUAAAUAUAGGUUUUGUGGCCAUUAGUUGCCACACAGCUUCAAGUGAGCUUUUAAAGUUUUAAUACUUUUUUUUCCCCAGAAAAUCUGGAAAAUGAAUGAGAAAUUUACUUCUAGAACCAAGUGGUGGGCGGUCACUGUUGAACCCCAUAUGGAGAAUAACUGCCCAUUAUUGGUCACCUUUCGGCAACCCAUGUCCAGUUGAAAUAAAAAUCUAUUCUGUCAUUCAGUGCACUGCUGACUACUGUACUGAAGCUGACCUGAUUAACUCAUUUCCCAGUAUGUGUUGUAUGUGCUGUAUUGGUGAGAUGUAAUUUUGCCCCUCUUAUGGCUAAUGCAACUUCUGAUUGCUACUGAUGUUGAGUGUCGCACUAAUGAGUAUUCUAGUUUCCAAUUGAAAACCUUUGUGCCCCAGUAUUGCCCUGCUUGUGCAGAUAACUGUGAUGAAUAUCCAUCAUACUUUAUGAUACUUUAGCACAUUGUCACUAAAUGAAGGCUGCUAGGUCAAUUUUCAAUUUUGUUCCUCUCCACUUGAAACAAGACAAAACCUUGGAACUCUUCACAUCUCUAAUUCAGAUUGAUUGAAUCCACUUGUGGCCACAAGGGGCCUCAUCUCACUGUAGUUUUCUACUUUUCUGCUGUGCAUAUUUGGCAUUACACUACACAGCCUCCGCUUUACUGAGUAUUUACU